AUGUGUAUCUAUCGUCUCAAACCACGCAAUAGAGCUCGUAAAGGGCAUAAGGCUGCAUCAACAGAGAUCUCCAACUCCGAAAUUCCCGAAGAUUCUCAUACCGAUGGCGUGUAUUCAGGUGCUAUUAUCGCUUCCAACACCGGGGGCGAGCCUGGAAUUCAUGAACAGUUUGUCUAUGGUCCGACGUCAACCUUUGCAUUUCUACAGACUCUACAUAAUGAGCUGCAACGAAUGGAAGACAUUCUUCCAAGGUCUACCGCCAUUACAUUCCUGCAAGCUUUUGAGAAAUAUUCUUCCCAUGGUUUACCGUUCAUAAACCUCGAUAGAACUCGAGUGUCAUUGGAUAAUCUCUACAAAGUUAGGGUUAACGACACAUCAACGUCACAAGACAAAGCUCUACUACUCAUGGUACUCGCCAUCGGCGCACUUAGCACCUCUGAAACCGAUACCGCAGAGACACUCUUGAUACAUGCUAAGCGGGAGGUCGCCCUGUUCGACGAUGUCGCCACAUUACCAAUAGUUCAGUUCUGUCUCCUGAUGUCAGAUUAUCAGCUCAACAUGGGACGCCCAAAUGCUGCGUACUUGCAAGUAUGUUCGGCUUCCACCAGAGCCAUGGCCAUGGGUCUUCAUGCUAGAGCUGAAGAUGAUGUAGGAAGGGAGGACUUGCAGACACGCUUGACUACCUUGUGGGCUACAUAUUUCCAACAAACAUGGAUAUGCUUCAUCGUUGGAAGAAAGGGAAUCAUUAGACGGUCAGAUAUCUCCUGCGAUUACCCAGACAAUCAACCCAUGCUCGUUGAUCUUUGUAAUCUGGCAGCCAUCCAGGAACAGGCAACGUCAUGUCCGAACGGGCAGAAAUACUGCACGCUUUCCCAGAUGUAUGAAAACACUCGAAAACUUCAUCUGCAGGUUUGGGGCGUCUGUGAAGACCUCUGGUUCGGUCCUUCUCCUCUUCGAUGCCAAGGAUCAGGGGCGGAUGAAAUGGCACGGCUUCUAGUCUGUAACGGUGUGUACCUUGAUCAUGCUACGCGAAGAGAAAACCUUGAGCUAAAUGAUAAGUUUACUGCCACUUCAUUCAUACUGUUUAUCGACCAUUCCUUAUUGCAGAGUCGGCACUCAGAGCUUCUGGUCAGCUGGAAAGAGCCAAUGCCAUUUGGCUUCGACAAGCGUGUAGAUAUGCUGCAGACGCCGCUGAAGACUCGAUUAUCAUUACUCAUCAAAUAUUCAAAGCUUCAGAUACCAAAGGAGUAA